CCUCCGAAACCGCAUCGCAACAGUGUACGCAAGUCCGUUUCGGAUUGGGCAGCAAAAAAGGAGACGUCAUGUGUUUUUAGAGAGGAAGACUGCAGCGCCACAAAUUUCAUCCCCGGGAGAGGGUGAUUUGGACAGGCAGCAGAGAAGUCCAGGAAAUCUCUGUGAGAAAAAUGGAAGUGUCCAAAAGGAGGAUCCACAAGUCCCUUCAACCAGCAAGACCAUUACGUCGCCUGAAUAUAGACCCUGAAUCUACAAGAAUAAAUCCAGAAGUGUUAAAGUUGAAAGAUUGUUCACACAGCGAAGACAGUUCGGUGAUUGGCAUCAGACUAGAUUCUUUUUGCAGGCACCCAAGCCCACAUAUAAAGCAUAAUACUGACCGCAAGAAAGAAAGAAUCACUUACAGCAGAGAAUUCCUGAUGCAGAUUUCAAGAUUGCCGAUUGCCAAAAAGAAACCUGAAUUCUUACCUGAUCAUCCUGUGGUGCUUGAUAGGCCGGAGUGGAGGUGGAGGGCGUUCCUUUGAAAAGGGGCAGGACUGACAGUGAUGUGAACCAAUCACAUGAGACGAAAGACUAUUGCCCAGUGGUAUAAGGAUGUGAGGGCAAUAGUUCAAUCUAUAUUAACCAAUCGCAGGACAGAAUUUCCAAGCACUGACUCGUAUAUUAAUUUUUUUUUUUUUUUUUUGUGGAAUUGAAUAAUUGCAUACCCUAUAAAUGAAAGUCAAUUUAGAUGGGUACUUUGUGGUUUUUGAUUCCAUCAGGAACCUCGCUGUUAAGCCCACCAAUAGAUGUUGUGUUUUGGGCUAAACCUCUGGAUCCUUUUUAACUUUCAGUGAGAUGAAAAUUAGAGAUGGAAGACCUAUGGACAUCUCUGCUGGAGGUUCCUGUUGUCCAUGAAUGGAUCAUCUGUUGCCUUACUGGAAAAACUGAAAACAACACAGAAGACUUGAUGGACCCAAACCAUUUUCUUGUAAUGUUGACAGACAAACAGCUGGUUUCAUAGACUCCCUGUUUAACUAUAAUAUUUGACUUGCUUACCCAAGAUAAGGCAAGCAGACACAUGACUAAUAUAAUUGUAUUGGUCAGGAAAAUGCUCAAUGUUAUCCAAUAGCUUUAUAGUAAAUUGCCUUUACGUACAAUUUAACAGGUUAGGAACUGUUUAAAAUGACUUUGAAAAGUUCAUUUUAAUAUUAUAAAGCUUGGGCAACAGUUGAGCAAAAUAGGAAAGGAAACAGUGUAAUUAAAUAAAAGGAAGGCAGGGCUGGGUUCAAGCUUAUACACGAAUGGCACUUUGAAAGCUAGAACUCCCCUACAAAACAAAGUUAAUUUAUUGAAAGCUGUUUAAUAGACCAGUUUAAGCUGCAGAUGCAGGUGGUGGUUUCACUCCAAACUGCAUAUGCUUUGUAUUGUAGUUACUCAUUUGGGGCUGGGGACUGUGUUCCUUAUUUACUGGUCCAUAUCUUUAAAAAUGUUCUUUGGCCAUUUCUGGGGUCAUUUCAGAGUUGAGAUUUAAGUUAAGAAAAUACUUUUUCUACCUAGGUAAACUUGUUUAAAUUGCUUCCAACAGUUACCUAUUUUAUGUUUUUAUUCAUUUAGCCCCAUUUAUAUUUGUCCACUUUUAGAACACAAGGGGCAAGUGUUAGUAUCAGUUCUUAGAGUGCACUAAAACAUGUUGGAUGCGGUACUGUUCACUUCACCUCAAAAGUUACACCACAAAAAAAAAAAAAAAUAAAUGCUAGAAUAAACACAGCUGUAUUGCAUUUUAAUCCAUCUGUUUUAAAUGCAAGUAUGGCUGAUUACCCCAGAUGGUUACAGACCAGGUGUAUCAAAUCUGUUGCUGACCAAUCAAAAUACUGGUCAUGAGACACACACAUUCCUUUUAAGAGUGGUUCUGGUGCAGUAUGCCCAGUAAUUCUAGUGGGAAGCAAAAACUAGAAAGGAUAGUUAUUUGCAAAGUGGGUAAUAUGCUUCAGGUUUAAUAUUGCUAAUGUAAACUGGUGCACUGACUGAUCAAAGUUAAUUGGGGUUUAUGCAUUUGGAUACUGUGUUUGUACCUUUGUGGAAUGCCUGUAUUGUAGUUGCAGUACACUUGCUGGCUUGCGCCUCCUGACGUGAAAUAAUAAAAAAAAAAAAAACAUUGUAUGCCAAGUCAAAUACUCAUUAGACAAAACGAGUCUAAUAUGCCUUUCAGCUUGGUGCAUGACUGUAUGUCGUCAUGAUGAUACAUAGAGAAGACGCCACAACUAUAAUAAAGUAGUUUGACUUGCUUACAGUAUGGAUGUCUGUUUGUCUUAUUUUUUUAUAUAUAUUUCUUUAUUUUGUUCUCUGACAAUAAACUAUCAGAUAUAGUUAAAGGUGUCUAUUUUGUACUUGUGAAUUAACCCUAACCCUAACAUGUAACAGGCUUAUGAAAAGCAAAACAAAAACUUGAACCUUGGUGGGGGCGGGGGCAAUUCCAAAAAAUGUAGGUGGUCCAUGACAGGUGUAUAUAUACAUGAGAGGGGCAUCACUACUCGCCCAUUGUUGCUCUCAUACUGCCAGUGAUGGUGGUCAGUGCCAUGAACUGUCGUGGCGAUUGUUGUACUACUUAGAGGCACAUCCAUAAAAGAAGCAUUUAACUUUAUUUCCUAAAAAUGCAUGUUGCUGAAAUAAGAUAAAUGAAAUAAACCUAAAUAACACAUUGGCACAGGAAUUCAAGGUUAUUUUAAUUCACAUUUUUACUUGAGCCAUGUUGCUUUAAAUGACUUAUACGAGAAUUGGCACCAUGUUUCAUAUACACACAGUAUAUGCUACAAUCUUAAACCUUGAGGCAACAUGUCAAUGUAUAGGUUUAUGUCUGUCAAUUGUAGAACAGUUGUUUAAAAAAACAACUAUAAGGGACACAUGUACAAACCAGUCUCCACCAGGGGCCAGCAAAGGGUGUAAGGACAAAAUGUACAACUAUACUGCUGUCACUUCUUUCCAUGAAGAAGUUGGCUCAGCUUACUUGUUUUUGUAACAAUAUUUAAGUUGUUAAUUAUGGAAUCUAAUGUGCGUUGUCUUAUUCUAUUCUAGCCGCAGGAUAUAUUCAUACAGUACCUUGGUGAUAAUACUGUUGGUCAGCUGGCUUUUAAAAGAAUUUUCUUUUUGUACUUGUCUUCAUUAAUGAACCCUGUGCCAAAUGAGAGAGUCAUAAUGCAACAUAACAGCAAUAUUAUUAACCACCAUCUUUAUUACAUGCUAUUGGGGUGAUAAUUGUGUGUGUGAGCUUGCAGGGCACAUUCUGUUUUCAUACAUGUUCUUGUUUUGGAUUUAUUUAUUUUUUUUCUAUAAAAGAUACACUGGCAGAAAAGAGAAUAACCAAAAAGGUAUUUCUAGGAAGAAAUUAUGCAAUUAUGUAGACUAGUCUCUUAGUUUAAACUGAAACAAAAACUGCUUUUAACCCUAAUGUGCAGAACUAAAAGGUAUUCUCAUAAGCCAAUUUUAUUUAUGAAGAAAAGUGCUAAAUAUACACAUUCUGUUUUUUUGUGUUCACUUGUGUGGAUGUAUGCGUGUUAGUUUCUAUAGCAUGAUAGAUUUAUCUGAAAAUAUGUAUAUAGUAACAGAGGGUUCCCCCAUAACAAAUGUAUAUUUGCUAAAAUAUAGAAUGAAGAAAUUAAAAUCGCCAGCACAGUUAACUACAGUAUGGUAAUCUUAAUGAUGCUGGUCUGCCUGUCUAUUUAGCAACUUAUUCACAGUAUGUUCAUAUAAUCUUUAAUCAAUGCCUCUUGUUUAAAACUUUAUUAAAACACACAACUAUAUGCCAUAGAUAUAAAUGCUGUUUCUUAAAAUCAUUUAUCCAUAUACAGUACCAUGAAAAACUAUUUGCCCUGUCUGAUUGUCUGAUAACUUUCACACCUGAAGAUUGCACAUUUGAUUAUCUUGCACACCAAACAAAUGAAAGAGGCACCAAACUUUGGUGUCAUUUUUUUCUCUUAGACUCCCACUAUAUAUUACGACAACCCACAAAAAGAUCUGACUAAAUUCAAUGUGCAAAAAUGCAGAAACUCAGACGGGGCAAAUACUUUUUCACGGUACUGUGCAUAUAUUUGCAUGGGUUUACAGUUAAGGAGAUUUUUACAACAAGGCUAGUCUUUCUUUUUACACAGUUCAAUUUUUCAGUUCUUCCCUGUUUCAUGCUGGUGCAUACUAUAGGUCUGUGAGCAUAAUCAUUCACGAGCUGACAGUGCUGUGAUUUGCUAUGUUAGGCAAACACUCUAUAUGCACCUAGUGUACAGCA